AUGUACAUUGAAACAUCCUCUCCUAGAAGACCUGGCGACAAAGCUAACCUUGUUCUUACUAUUCCAAACAAUGGAGAAAUGUCGUGCCUUUCAUUUUACUACCAUAUGUAUGGAGCUUCAGUUGGAACUCUUAACGUCUACAGCGGAAACAGCAAAGUCUUUUAUAUUUCCGGACAACAGAGUAAUUACUGGAUUAUGGUGGAGAGAAACAUAAUUCUGAAUGGAUUGGUAAGAGAAAGAAGCGUGCUAACGCGCGCGUUAUUCCAGCUAUUCAUCGUUAUUCAUCAUGAUCAUGAUCAUGAUCAUGAUCAUCAUCAUCAUCAUCAUCAUCAUCAUCAUCGCCACCAGCAGAUAGGAAGUGUCAGGUAUAUUGCUAACCACAACUCUUUUCGCAGGUAAUAUUUGAGGGGAUUGCAGGAAAUUCAUUUACUGGCGAUAUCGCGAUUGAUAGUGUAGAAAUAGACAGUGGAAACUGUCCAGGU